CUGAUCACGACUAAUUCCCAAAGGUUUCCUUGUGAAAAUAUCUGUAUGAGCACCAUACAAGGUACGCGCAUAUCUGUCCUUGCUUAACGAUAUACUAGUAUAGACAUUUGUGUAGGUGAUUCGGGACAAAAAAUGAACAACUCUAUCAUCAUCAUCCUCACCGCCGUCUUCUCCUCGUAUCACUAUAUCGCGCGGGCUGAAGUAUAUUCGUCCACAGCAGACGUAGUCCAACUCGCAAAUAAUGAACAGCUUCUUGUUGGCUUGUUGGAGACAUAUCUUGAUAACGAACUCGCAAGAAUAAAGGAGUUACAGACACAUCUUGAAGAUAUCAAGAAACUUCUACCGGAGAAUACAGAGACAUCUAUUGCCAAUUAUGCCGUGAACCCCGUUGGAGCUUACAGUACCAUCAAACGUUUUGCAGUUACCUGGACACAUUUCUUUGCCCAGAUAUCGGAUCUCAAACACGCAAACAACACCGCUCUAAGGGGGUUAGCCACCGACAUCGUAUCACUUGGCCUGUCCCACCACAUUUGGCCACAAGUUGUUGACUUGAACGGAGCUGUUGCAGCUUUGGUAAGGUUGCAGAAGAUGUAUCAAAUACCAGUGAAGGAGCUCGCCGACGGUAACAUCCGGGGUAUGAAGGUCUCAAGACUGGGCCCAGACGACUGUUUGCGCUUAGGUCGAGCGAUGCUCCAUUCGGACUACAGUAGCUCUAGUGCAGCGUUAGCUAUCCAGUGGAUGGAAGAAGCAAUACGGAUGCACGAGCAGAGACACUCGGCCAACGGAGAGCAAAGUUUAGGGGACCGAUCAUUUCAAAUCGAAGAGGCAUAUAGUGCGUUGGCUGACGCACAUGCACAACUUGGAAACGUUACUGCUGCUGCCAAUUUUGCUAUGAAAGCUUUUGUUAAAGACCCAGAAAACAGUUCUUUAAAGGAAAAGUUCCUGAAAUAUGAGGACAUGUCGAGCGGCUCACACAGUCAAAAAAAGAUAUCCAGACGUAAUACAACGGAUUCAAUGUACGAACGUCUGUGCCGUGGAGAUCAGUGGAAAGACCCAAAGAUCGAAGCCCGACUCUUCUGUCAGUACAAGAACACCCUGGUUCCUAUUCGACCAGUAAAAGAGGAAGUUCUGUACCUGGACCCCAGGGUGAGCAUUUUCUAUGACGUCAUCACGGAUAAAGAGGCGGCUAUUCUGUUGGAGCUGGCAAAAUCCAAGAUGAUACGGGCCCCACUUGGAGAUGUCGCAGGAGAAAAGACGUCGGAGCAAAGGAUUGGCAAAUUGACCUGGCUAUGGGAUGCGGAUGUGAAUACAACGGUUGCUCAUUUAAGUAAGAGGGUUGAAGAGAUAACUGGUCUCAGUACCGUCAUCAGAGAUAAGCUGGCUGACGCGGAGGCUUGGCAGAUCGCAACCUAUGGCAUCGGCGGGAUGUUUGAACCACACCACGAUUUUUAUGUGGACGAGGGUUGGCUGAACCAACUCCCAUCUCAUCUGCUGAACACUGGGCGUCGGAUUGCCACUUUUGUCUUUUACCUGACGGAUGUCCAGCUAGGUGGAGCCACCGUGUUUCCUGAGAUCAAUGUCCGCGUACCACCAGUGAAGAACGCAGCCGCCUUCUGGUACAAUCUUAAAAGAAGCGGAGACAUGUACCACGCCAGCAUGCACGCAGGGUGCCCAGUUCUUUACGGACAGAAAUGGAUUGCCAACAAAUGGACACGGGAGAGGGGGCAGAUAUUUCGUAGGCGAUGCGGUCUUAGUCCACGUGCCACGGACGAGUAAUGUCGAGUGACUUUUUCAGUGUUAGGGAUUUAGGAUCAGGGUCUUUUCAGAAAUGGAUGUUGUAAAUCACAUGACAAAGUGCAAUCAGGUUACCUGAAUAACACGUCUCUUUCUGGUGUUGAGUAAAACACAGAAAAGUUGGUGAUUAGAAGAGUACGUUCGAAACAAGAGGAGGCGUGUCAUUCAUUUAAGCUGAUUGCACU